CGUGAUCCCGGAAGAACCUCGAGUCCGGAGAUCCGCUUCCGGGUCAGAUGGCCCUGGCAGCGAGAUGGGGAAGAUGGCGGCGGUCGUGGGUUCUGUGGCGACGCUGGCAACAGAUCCUGCAGAGGACGCCUUUCGGAAAGUUUUCCGAUUCUACCGGCAGAGCCGGCCUGGGACCGCAGACCUGGGAGGGGUUAUCGACUUCUCUGCAGCCCGCAGCACGGGUCCUGAUGCCCCCAAGGUGGUUAGAUCUCAGCUAAGUGUGUCCUCAGUCAGUGAGCACAAUGCACACAGGGCAGGACUUCAGCCAGUCAGCAAGUGGCGAGCCUAUGGACUCGAAGGCUAUCCUGGAUUUAUUUUUAUCCCAAACCCCUUCCUGCCAGGGUACCAGUGGCACUGGGUGAAGCAGUGCCUGAAGUUAUACUCCCAGAAACCUAAUGUACGUAACUUGGACAAGCACAUGACAGAAGAAGAGACCCAAGAUGUGUGGGAACAGAGCAAAGAGUUCCUGAGGUGUAAAGAAAUGAAUAAACGGAGACCACGAAGUUUACUAGAGAAACUGCGCUGGGUGACCCUAGGCUACCAUUAUAACUGGGACAGUAAGAAAUACUCAGCAGAUCAUUAUACACCUUUCCCUUCUGACCUGGCUUUCCUCUCAGAGCAAGUAGCCGCUGCCUGUGGGUUUCAGGGUUUCCGAGCCGAAGCAGGGAUACUGAAUUACUACCGCUUAGACUCCACACUGGGAAUCCACGUAGACAAAUCUGAGCUAGAUCAUUCCAAACCCCUGCUGUCAUUCAGCUUUGGACAAUCUGCCAUCUUUCUCCUGGGUGGCCUCAGAAGAGAUGAGGCCCCCACAGCCAUGUUUAUGCACAGUGGUGACAUCAUGGUCAUGUCAGGUUUCAGCCGCCUAUUGAACCAUGCAGUCCCUCGAGUCCUUCCAAAUCCCAGAGGGGAAGGCCUGCCUCACUGCCUGGAGACACCUCUCCCAGCUGUCCUCCUGAGAGAUUCAGUGGUGGAGCCUUGUUCUAUAGAGGACUGGCAGGUGUGUGCCAGCUACUUGAAAACUGCUCGUGUUAACAUGACUGUCCGACAGGUACUUGCCACAGACCAGGAGUUCCCUUUGGAACCUGUAGAAGAGAAAAAACGAGACAUCGCCACAGGAAGUUUCUGCCAUCUGAAUGACCAGAAUAGCCAAGUAAAAAGGGCCAGGUUAAACACUGACAGCUGAGAUUUGGAGGUCCCAUUCUUUACUCAGGCAGGUCUUAUAUGGCCAUUGACUCUAGCACCAAGACAAACCAAAAGCAGAGACUGGGAAGACUCAUCACUGAUCACGCUGUUGCCUUGGAAUCCAUCCAGAGUAAACUGAUUGCAGUUUGUUCAGAGAAAUGUUUGACUUGGUCCAAUUCUAGUUUUCUAUUGGCAGUGCUGUGUGUUGUUCGUACCCAGGAGGUGUGAUCAUCCUCACAGCCUUUUAGCCUCUGCCAUUACCUCUGAGGGAGGUAAGUGAGUUUACAUGUCUGUGGAAUCUAAAUACCUCAGAUUCUGUUAAUGGCAAAUAUUAUACAUCUGCCCCCACUGUAUGUGGUGAUCUGUGAUAAAAUUGUGGUUCUGUGAACCAGACAUUAGACUCAUCUUAACUCAAUCCAGUCACCAACAUACUCUUUUUUCUCCUCUUCCUUCAUCUCUGGCUCUCACAGAUGAAUCUUAUGCACAUAAACUGGAAAUCUUGUCCCCUAGAAAAGAAAAUAAUCACAGCCUAAAAGAUAAAUUUAUGUAAACUGACAGGAAAGAGGAAUAGUAGUUUCCCCACAUGUCUUGGGUCUCCAAACCCUCCCUGUUGGCCUUUUAAUUGUUGGACUAAAAAAGUUCUGAGGGUAUUCUGUUACUGUUUUCUCCAUGAAUAAACUUACUCAGUUUUAAAUUAAAGGUCUGUAUCUGUCUUUGAGGGUUAGUAUAUCUGGGAUUAGUUUUUUCCUCUUUAUUCCUUAAUAGUCCAGUCACUGCUCUCUUGUCUGAUGGUAGACAGCCUGGAAAUGCAUGAAGCACCAAGGUUUGAUUUGGGGGAAGUUUAGGAAGCAUUUUUCUUUAUGUUUUUUGUUUUGUUUUGUUUUGAGACAGGGCCUUAUUGUGUGGCCCAGGCUGGGCUUGAACUCAUGUUUCUGCCUUAGCCUUCCUAGUGCUGGGAUUGCAGUCAUGCACCAGCAGACCCAGCUACCAAGUUUGAAUCUUGGUAUCCCCACCAACUCAACUCAUUAUACCCUGUACCAUGUUAUUUCACAUUUCUCUGGACCUCAGUUUCUUCAUUCAUAAAAUGAAGAAAAUAUUAAUUGCCCUCUUCCCAGGGGAUGUUUGGUAUUUAAAAGCGUUUCCUUCAAGAAACAUGAUGUGGGGGGAGAAAUGACCCAAGCCUUGUAU